AUGUUUUGUAAUUCUUCAACACCUGAAAUAUGGGACUUGUUUAACAACACAAAGUCAAUCAAUUUAAUCUAUUUUAUUAUUAUUUCAUCCAUAACAAUGAUUAUAUCCACAUUUGGAGUAUCUGGAAACUGUAUUGUUAUUUGGUACCUCAUGUUUAAGAUCAAGAGAAAUUUUUCCACGGUUUAUAUUUUAAACCUUGCCAUCGCUGAUGCAGUUUUACUUUUGUUUAUCAUAAUAAUCUAUGUUUUAUCGCUAGCCUUUUUUGGGCAAACUUCCAAUGAAAUAAAAAUUGAUAAUGUUUACCAUUACAUUACACUAUACAUCAUUUCAACAGCUACCCUUUUUGCAUACAACACCAGUUUGUGUCUUCUUACAGCAAUUAGUGUUGAAAGAUGUCUUUCUGUGAUUUUGCCUGUUUGGUAUCAUUGCAAACGACCACAACGGCUGUCUUCCAUUGUAUGUACAGCGAUAUGGCUAUUGUCCUGUCUGUUUACUAUUCUUGAGUCUACUUUUUGUAGAAAGCAAUUAGGAAUUUUUCAUGAAGCCAUGUGUGAUAAUGAUUGUACACCUGUCUUUGUUUUGGUUUGCUGCAUUAGUUUUAUAUUUAUUCCACUCAUAAUUAUAUCAAAUUUAGCUAUCCUUCUUAAGAUUUGUACCCGUUCUAAGCAAAAGCAACCUCAAAAGCUCUACAUUGUGAUAACACUGACUGUACUGUUUUUUCUAGUAUUUGCCAUGCCUAUAAGAAUUUUAGUCCUGGUAUUUUAUAAACACCAAAUCAUCCCACCCUUUCCUGUUAUAGAAUUAUUUUCUUUAUUGAGUUGUUUGAAUAGCAGCAUAAAUCCCUUUGUUUAUUAUCUAGUUGGUCGUCAAGGUAUUGGAAGUAGAAAGAUCAAUUUUCAGAUGAUUCUUCAAGCUAUUUUUCAUGAAGAAGGACAUCAGUAUAAAAAACAAAACAUUAAAGGAAAUACAUUAAAUUUAACAAUAAUGUCAAGCCAAGACAUUCAAGAACACAAUCAUAGAUGA